AUGCCAGAGCCCGAAAAGAAAGAUGAGACGGCAAAUGGCCAGCCUGAAGAAAGUGUUACACCAGACAGUAACGGUGCCCCGCUCCAACCUGCGAUUUCCUUGGAGGUCUCUCCACCCCCAGAUGACGACGCCAUCACAGCAACUACUUUGCCCCCACUGUCCUCUGGAGAGGAAGCCAAUACACUCAAGAAACUCUCAAUUGAGCUGCCUAAUGAUAGCGUCCCUGUUACAUCCAUGGGGAGAAAAGACUCAGUGUGGUCUUUGGGUGAGUCCCAGCCUGCGGAGGAAGUGGACAAGCCCAUCGAGACCCCCACCUCCUCCCUGCUCACGCUGAAGCCUGUAAGCGGCACAGUGACCGUGGGUGGUGAUAUAACCUUUGUCGCAAAAGUGGAGGCCAAAGACCUUCUGCGCAAACCCACUGUGAAGUGGUUUAAGGGAAAAUGGAUGGACUUGGCCAGCAAGACAGGGAAGCACUUGCAGCUCAAAGAGACAUUUGACCGCAAUGCCAAGGUCUAUACAUUUGAGAUGCAAAUCAUCAAGGCCAAGGAGAACUACGCGGGCAAUUACAGGUGCGAAGUCAGCCUCAAGGACAAGCUUGACAGCUGCUCCUUCGACCUGGAAGUGAAAGAAGCUGGGGGAUCACAAAGUAUUGAUAUUCGAUCCGCUUUCAAAAGGAGCACUGAAGGCCAAGAAGAUGCAGGGGAGCUUGACUUUAGCGCUCUCCUUAAACAUAGAAAUCAAAGGGAACAUAAACAGCAGGACGACACUCCGGAGGUGGACGUGUGGGAGAUCCUCAAGAAUGCCCGUCCGGAUCAGUACGAGAAGAUUGCCUUCAUGUACGGUAUCACGGAUCUGAGAGGCCUGUUGCGCAGAAUGAAGAAGAUUCCCAAAGAGGAGAAGAAGAGCGAAGCUUUUGCAAAGAAGUUGGACCCUGCGUACCAGGUGGAUAAAGGUGGCAAGAUCCGCCUGGCCGUCGACUUGACUGACCCUACGGUUGACCUGAAGUGGUACAAAAAUGGACAUGAGAUCCGUCCCAGUCCCAAUCAAAGGAAGUACAUAUUUGAGCACAAGGGUACCCAAAGGAUCCUUGUUAUCAACAACUGUGCCCUGAAUGAUGACGCAGCGUAUUCUGUGGCGGCAGGGGACGAGAAGUGCUCCACGGAACUGUUUGUCAAAGAAUUGCCAGUGAAGAUUGUUAAAGGCCUUGAGCCUGUGACGACCACGGUGAAUGAGAGGAUCGAGUUGAUGUGUGAGGUAACAGAGGAAGGUGCACCAGUCAAAUGGAUGAAGAAUGGUGUGGAGAUUCCUACAGGGGUUCGAUCCAGAUAUAGAGUCAAGUGUGAGGGAAACAAACACUAUCUUGUGAUCGAUGAUGCCUCCCUGGAAGAUACCGGGACUUAUUCAAUCAUGGCUUCUGGUGGCUCAUCCGAAGCUCAUGUCCAGGUUGAUUUGAAACCCCUGAAGAUCCAUGGAGACCUGCAGGAUACAAAGGUGAUGCUGGGCAAGCCAUUAAAGCUGCAGUGCGAGAUAUCUCCAGGCAACGUCCCGGGCCGAUGGUACAGAAAUGGACAGCUGAUACAACCCAACGACCGCAUCAACAUCACACAUAAAAAUAGGGUUCACGAGCUUUCAAUUGAAACGAGCUCCCUUCACGAUUCAGGAGAUUACACUUUUGUACCUGAGGGGUACUCGCAUAGCCUUUCUGCCAAGGUUCAUGUCAUAGACCCUCCCAAAGUUCACUUGGAGGGUUUGAACUUUGUAGACAACACUGUAACAGUUAUUGCUGGAAACAAAAUGCGCUUGGAGAUCCCCAUAAGUGGAGAACCAGUCCCCAAGGUGGUGUGGAUGAAAGGUGAAAGGGUCAUUUUGGAGUCCGGAAAUCGUGUCAGAGCUGAAACAUAUGUUGACCAGACUACCCUGACAAUUGAAAUCACGGAGCGCGAAGACACAGGCAAUUACAAACUAGUCCUUCAAAAUGAGGCCGGUGAGGCAUCAGCAAGCAUCAAACUGAAGGUUGUAGACAUCCCUGAUUCUCCCGAUGCUCCUUUGGUUCCUGUGAUUGGAGGUGAUUGGUGCUCUAUGACAUGGGAGCCACCCAAAUACGAUGGGGGUUCACCAAUCUUAGGCUACUACAUUGAGAGAAAAAAGAAGCAGAGCUCAAGAUGGAUGAGAAUUAAUUUUGACCUGAUCAAAGAGACAACAUACGAACCCAAGAAGAUGAUUGAAGGCGUGCCUUAUGAAGUGCGGAUAUUUGCAGUCAAUGCAAUUGGAGUGUCGAAGCCUAGUGAACCAUCCAAAGCCUUUACCCCUCUUGCUGUGACCAGUGAGCCCACAAUGCUGGUGGUGGAUGACGUGACUGACACAACAGUGACCGUCAAGUGGCGUCCUCCAGAGACAAUUGGAGCUGCUGGACUUGACGGGUAUUUAGUGGAGUACUGCCUUGAAGGAUCUGAAGAGUGGAUCCCAGCCAACACCGAACUGAUAGACAAAACCAGAUACACGAUCAAAGGCCUGACACCCGAGACCAAAGUCUUCAUUCGAGUCAAGGCUGUCAACGCUGCUGGAGCCAGUGCUCCAAGAAAUACUCAGCACGCAGUUCUUGUCAAGGAGGUUAUCGAACCACCCAAGAUCCGUGUCCCCCGUCACCUGAAGCAGACUUACACGAAAAGAGUCGGGGAAGCAGUCAACCUUGUGGUGCCGUUCAUGGGCAAACCUAGGCCGAAGGUCACCUGGCUGAAGGAUGGUCAACCUAUAGAUCCUGCCCAUGUGAGCAUCCGUAAUUCCGACUGUGACAGCAUCAUCUUUAUCAGAAAAGCAGAGCGUAGCCACUCCGGGAAGUACCACAUGAAUGUGCAGGUAGAAAGCCAUGUGGAUUCAGCAGAUAUGGACAUACAAGUCAUAGACCUGCCUGGGCCUCCCCAGACAGUGACAAUUGAAGAUGUCUGGGGAGAAAAUGUAUCUCUGUCCUGGACCCCCCCAAAAGAUAAUGGCAAUGCCGCUAUAACAGGCUACACCAUUCAAAAGGCAGACAAGAAGACAAUGGAAUGGUACACAUGCAUCGAGCACUACCAUCGCAACUCUAUCGCCAUCACCGAACUAGUAGUCGGGAACGAGUACUACUUUAGGAUCUUUUCUGAGAACAUGUGUGGACUUAGCGAGUCGGCCACCCAAACCAAGAAAAGCGCCUUAAUUGUCAAAGAAGACAUGAAGGUGAAAAUCUUUGAUUAUAAUGACCACGACUUCAAUGAGGCUCCCAAGUUCACGCAGCCGCUCAUCAACACAUUUGGCAUCGCUGGCUACAACACCACCCUCAACUGCAGCGUUCGUGCACACCCUAAGGCUAAAGUGACCUGGAUGAAGAACAAGAUCAUCAUUGGUGAUGACCCGCGCUACCGCAUGUUCAGCAACCAGGGUGUGUGCACGCUGGAGAUCAGGAAACCCAGCCCUUACGACGGGGGCAUGUACACCUGCAGGGCCAUCAACGACUUGGGAGAAGCCCAGGUGGAGUGUAAGCUGGAGGUCAAAGGAGGGUUCACCUUCUACGAACUCAUGCAACGCGGCGUGCCCCUCCACCUGAUUGACAAGUACAUGACCGAGACGAAGGUUGUUGAACAAGACAAGUAG